AUGAGUCGAUUUCUAAGUCGACUCGAAAAUCGACUCAUCACCCGAGGAGCAGAUGGCACAGUGGCGCCAUCCCUCUCCCAUCUUUCCCCUUCCAAUAAUUCCCUCUCACACGUCUUCCCCACCCGAGUCUCCACCCCCCAUUCCCCUCUCUCCCCGCCCUGCACCAACCCACGGGGUGCUCAUGUGGGGGACGGGGUGCUCAUGUGGGAGGACGGGGUGCUCAUGUGGGAGGACGGGUACCUGGUCCCUCACGCCGUGCUUAAGAAGCUGGAGGACCAGAUGGCCCGGUUGCGCAAUUCGGCUUCUAGUGCGGGCGGGGGCGGCAGCAGCAGCAGCCGCCAGGCAGACGCUGUACCCGUUUUAGACGAGCUCUCUUACGACUGGAAGCAGCUGCACGCCACGUAUCUGAAGUUCUCGUAUCAGAUCUAUAACUACGGCGAAGGGCUGGUGGGCGUGAGUGUGGCAUCGGAGGCAGCGGAGUGGGUGUACAGCCAUGCCAAGUACCAUGCUGAUACUCUCAACUCCGUGCAGAGCCAGCAUCCACCUGGCUGGGCGGAGCACUUCGCGUCUGGCAUCAAGACCAUUGCCAUAAUCCCAGUCCCGGGCGGGGCUGUUCAGCUUGGCUCUGUGCUCCUGCAUGAUAUUCACUCAACUCAGAAAGUAAACUCUUCCCACUUCUUCCCUCCCUUCCCUGCUCUCCCCAUCCCCUCCCGUCCCCUCCCCUCCUUUCCCCCUCCCCCCGCUCGUUCCCCACAACAGAUUAAGGAGGACCCGAGCAUUUCACAGGGCCUCAAAGAGAAAUUCGAGCAGCUGCAGAAGAUUCCAGGAGUCUUCCUCCCUGAUUUCAUCCCGGAAACUUCCACCACACCUGCAAGCAUCGCCAAACCGCUCCCCAUGCCACCCUCCCACCUCCCCCCGCAUCCCUCCUCCCCAUCCUCUCAUGGCCCCUCCGCCUCCCCUUCCCAUUCUAUCGCCUCCUCCCCCCAUCCUUCCACGCGCCAUACCCCCUCCAUCGCUCACCCACCUUCGUCUAGAUUAAGCCAGAAUUCUAGACCGGGUCCUCUUAGAUUCGAUCCGCCGAGAUCUGACUCUCCCAAGCGGACCACGCAGCGAGCCUUGGCGCAGCUGUCUAUCCUGAGCUCCCCGUCAGGUUCGGCAACCAUACCUGCUAUUCCGCCUUCUGCUUCCGGAGCUGCGGCUGCCGCACCCAUGGCGGGCUCUCAGUUGCCGGCCAAUCGCAAGCUGACACCUGGCGGGCGCUCGCAUUCUCUAUCAGCAGCAGAUGUUUUAGCAGUACUGACACGGGGAGGAGGGGCAGGGGGGGGAGGGGAAGGGUGGGGAGGAGGGGGAGAGGGGAAGCAGAAGAGCGGAGGGGCAGCUUGCGGCAGCACGGGCGGAGCAGGCGGCACGGGGUCAGCUGGGGCAGGUGCAACUGGUGCAGGUGGUAAUGCUGGUGGUGCUGGUGGUGGUGGUGGUGGUGGUGCGAGGGAGAGGCUGUGUGGGGGUGGCGGCAGUGGCAGCUUGAAACGGCCAUGGGAGGAGGACAGUGGUGGUGGCGCGGAGGAGAUGGAAUGUGCUGGGUUGAGUGCGGUGGGCAGUGCGAGAGAGGGGAGUUCAGGAGAGGGGAUGGUUGGGGCUGGUGCGUCUGCUGCCGGUGAUGGUAAUGCUGGUGCUGGUGCCAGUGGUGCCGGUGGUGCUGGUGGUGAUGCAGGGGUUUCAAGGCAAGGGUCGGGAGGGGCAGAUGGGCAGGGCCAGGGUACAGCAGGAGGGGAGACUUGUGCUGGUGCUGCCAGUGGGGAGGAACGAGCACCAGCAGGAGCGACAGCCGCAACAGCAAGGAGGCAAGGCAGCUUCGGGUCAGGUGGGCUACAGGGUCUAGAAGCCGCCUUUUCUCCCUUCGACUCGACGCAAAGGCAGGGUCUUGGGGCGGCAUUUGCAACGUUUUCGACGUCAGAAGAGGAGAGAAGGCGAGCAGAGGAGCAGUUUCGGAAGCUGGCGAGGCAGGCUGAGUUCAACGACCCCUCUCUGGCCGCUGCUGUCAAGCUCUCCCGCGCUGCCAUGAGCCGAGGGUCCUCAGGUGAAUUCUCAGGUGCUCCUGCUGGUGCGGCUGGUGGCUCUGCUGGUGCGUCUGCCGGUGGGCUGGUUUCGCCAGGUGGGAGUGGGUCCAAAGCGGUGGACUCCUCCCCACGGGUGCCUAUGGAGGUGACGAGUGCUGGGGAUAGGCUGGAUGCGAUCCUGUCCCCUGCGUUUCUAUCACCUUCGAUACAGUCACCUACACUGGGUGGAUUCGGGGGAGGGGGUGGGAGUGGGGGGACGUUGGCACAGCAGGGUCCUCUGAGGAAGCGGCGUGCAACACCGGAGUUGCAUAGGAGGCUCAGCCGAGAGUCCCUCGUUCGCGGGCCUGGAAGCAGGCUCGGCACCACGCUCAACCGAAGCUCGUCCUUAGGUCCGGGACCGGGAGUGACGACGCGGCGGCUGGACCCUUCAUCCGCUGCUGUUUCCAUGUCUGGAGGUCCGGCAGCGAGUUCAGGCACGGUAGGAGCUUCAACCAGCCUCGGCAAGACAGCUAGCCUCACCAAGUCAGCUAGCUUUGGCAAGGCAGCUAGCUCGUCUGCAGCGGGAGGUUCGGAAGGUGCUUCCGAGCCUGUUCCCGCACCUUCGAAAGAGGCUAUGGCGCUGGCGAUCCUAGGGCAGAUGAUGGCCGGCGGCGAUCUAACGGCUCCUGAGGUGCACAUACUAGCCACUCAGAUCACCAAGAGGGCUCAGAAAGAAUCCCAGGCGGGUUCUUCUGGAGUAGGUAGAACUGUUGUGGGUGGGUCUGGAGCUACAGACGGGACAGGAAGGGGAGGAGGAGCAGGGGGAGUGGGAAACAGUAACGGUGGUGGCGGGAGAGGAGGAGGAGGUAGAGGGGGAGGUGGAGGAGGAGGGGGAGGUGGAGGAGGAGGUGGAAGGGGAGGAGGAGCAAGUGGGGGAAGGGCAGGAGGAGGGGCAGCAGGGGGUAGUCUGGACGGGAUAAUUAAGAUGUUGGGGAAGCAGGCGGGGGCAGCAGCUCUAGCUGCGCGGCUUAGAAUGGAGCUGGAUGCAGCUGAGGCAGGGUCAGCUGGGGAAGGUUCAGCUGGGGAAGGUUCUGCUGAUGAAAGAGGUGGGGGUGCGGGUGGUAGUACCGCCGUUGCUGCUGACGUUUCUGGUAGGGCUGCUGCUGCUGGUGUUGCUGCCGGUGUAGCAACGGCAGCAGGAGGAGCAGCAACAGGAGCAGGAGGAGCAGCAGCAGCAGGAGGAGGAGGGGUAAAGCGGCCUUUGAAGGCUAGUGAUCCUUCCGAAGCUGAGAAGCAGGUUCAGGCACUGCUGCAGCGGAAGCUGAAUGAAAUGGCAGCAGGCUCGGCGCAGGCUCGGAAAGCCCUGCUGGAUCGGCUGAAGGUUGAGGUUGCCGAACGGAGGAAGGCGCUGAGUUUGAAGAGAGAGGGAGGUGAAGAGGAGGAGGAAGAAGAGGAGGAUGGGGAGGAUGAGGAGGAAGAGGAGGAUGGUAGUGAUGGUAGUGAUAGUGGUGGUUCGGACGGGAUAGACCGAAUGAUUGGUGGUGCAGGCACGGCAGCAGGGGUAGAGGGAGGAGCGGGGAGAGGUGUGGGGAGAGGAAGGGGAGGGGGUUUGGCUGGAGGUGUUGGGAAUGAGGCAAGGAUGGGAGGGGUAGCCGGGGCAGUGGGAGGGGUAGCCGGGGCAGUGGGAGGGGUAGCCGGGGCAGUGGGAGGACAAGUAGGUGCGGGUGGUGGGAGAGGAGGGGUGUGGAAGGUGGAAGAUAUGGGAGGUCUCUCCAGUGGUGCUUUUGAGAAACAGGAACCCUCACACACUAACUCCCACAGCACUCUCUUUCUGCCAGAAGGGGAACUGCCCCCCUGGCAUUCCCAGCAGGAGGAGCUGCAUCAGCUGGGCCAGCAGCAGCAAGGGCAGGAGAGGGGAGUGCAGCAGCAGGGGUUGGAGGAUUUCAGCAUGUUUCUAGACGAUCUGGAUCUGGGUGUGGAGCUGCCUCCUGACCUUCACUUCGCAUCCGCCUAG